AUGGAGGCUCUAUGUAUACACAGGCCAUGUAUAGCCGUCAGCAACUCCCAUUCUGCAGUUAUCGGACGGGGUUCAUAUUUAGGCCUUGCUAGGGAAGCCUUCAUGGCCUCCACGUUCGGCCUUCUUCACGACGCGCGCCUCGGCUACAAAGCGCUGGCAUGUCUCAGUGCAUCCAUCGCCACCCGGCGCGCUACGAUUGCGGCCGAGAGUAGGGACCGAAGGGACCGAAGUCCAGGCCAGGAUAUUCCGGAUCCUCCGCCCCAUUGUUCCAUCCGCACGUCUUCUGCGGGACGUGGUCUGUAUGUUACCAAGGCGAUUUCUCAGCGAGAGGUGAUUUUGGAGGACAUGGCGGUCGUUGACAGCUCUUGUCCGCAGGAGGUGGUUCAGAAGGUCUUCUCUAGCAGGCCGCCCGAGCCUGCCCGCUUGCAAAGAGAGCCAAUCUGGGGCCUGGUUGCCAACUUUGUUCAGCUGUUGCAAGAUGGUCUGCCACCGAAACAUGGUUCCUCACGGAUCGAGGAAGCUGCCCAGGACCGGCAGAGGCGGCUAAGCCUCAUGGCGGCUUUCUACCGACCAGAGGUCGAGGAUGCACAGAGCAACUUGUACAAGCAACACGCUGAGGAGCUACACAAAGCCAUGGACCAAACAUCUCAGGAGACCGUGGCUUCUGAAGUGGUUGCUGACUUGCUUACUGUCGUCCGGCUUGAUGCCCACAUCGUGCGCGAAGCAAAGCGGCCGGGUGAGAAGGACAGGAACGGUCUGGGCUUGUUUUUCUGGCUGCACCUGGCAAACCACAGCUGCUGUCCGAAUGCAUUCUUCCACACGACGUGCGAGAAAGGGCGUGCCAAGGCGACCCUCUAUGCCUUGCGGCCCUUGGACUGUGGCGAGGAGGUGUGCAUUUCUUAUGUUGAUGGGCAGACUCUCCUAAGCCCGGUGCAAGUUCGGCGCCGCAUCAUCCAGAGUCAGUUUGGCUUCGUCUGUGGCUGCAACAGGUGCCAAGAGGAGGAGAACAGAGCAGGCCGAGUAGGCCGAGCAGGCCGAGCAAGCCCAGCCGCAGAAGUCUGA